AUGUCUACAAUUUCGAAGUUGCCAGUGUUGAAGGACUGGCACCCUGCUGAUAAUGACAGAGAGCCAGUGAAAAAUUGGGAGGAUCGGUGGCAGCACCUACCGACCCCUGAUUUUGAAGCACCAGAACUCCUUUGUGACACAGAGCUCUGGCAAGAUAACCUUCUUGAUCCAAAUAUCCCCAAACCUGACACUGUUUUCAAAUACAAGGAUGGUAGAGAGGGAUCAUGGGUGGAAUUAAAGUCCAUAGGACUUCGAGUCUUGGCUCCACUUACCGAGGCCAACGCGAACCCCUAUCUCAAAGUUAUACUUCCUUGA